CUAAGUCUCUUUAUUAUUGUAGAUGUGGAGACAGAGGCGAAGGUGUGGGACCGGUCCUUCUGGUUUUCAGCGGGGGCAGGACAGGUGAGGCAGCGGAGGUAGGAGGGCGGGGAGCCACCGAGCAACAGCAGUAGCAGCAGCAACAGCAGGUAUGUCUGUCUGCGUGUGUGUCUACGAGCAGGAAGAGGAGACGAAUAUGGUGCGGUGACCAAAACUCCCGUAAAGCGAGCGACAAGGAGAACAACUCACUAGCUCAUAUUUUCUGCACGACAAAAUUGGAAGCAGUUCUUUUGAAGCCAUCUUCCUUGUGUGUGUCCCCCCCCUGGUCGGACGGCGAUCUGGGCCUCCUCUCCCGUCCUCACCUCUCCACUCGUAGGUUUCAGUGUCGUCUCUCAGAACUACCUGAAGUGCGAAAAUGAGUGUGCGUCGUCCAGAUACCCACGGGUCCAUGGUGCCCAACGAUGAGGUCAUGCCCUACAGUGACGACGAGACGGACGACGAGUUAGACGAUGAUUUUGACGAGACCUCUGAUGAAGGAGAAGAACCCGAAGUACCCAGACCGCCACACCCUCCUGUAGAAGCUAGGCCAAGCGAGAUUGGCUGGAAGGUGAAGGCUAACGAUCGGCCGUACCACCAGCUGCCAGAGUUUGAGAAGAAAGUCUUCCUCUGCAUCAAGAAAAGCAGAUACUCUGGAAAUGCCAUCAAGACGUACAAGUACAACGCCAUCACCUUUCUCCCACUGAACCUGUAUGAGCAGUUCAAGAGGGCGGCCAACCUGUACUUCCUGGCCUUGCUCAUCUUGCAGAUUAUCCCAGAUAUUACCACUCUGCCCUGGUACACCACACUCAUCCCUCUAGUGGUGGUGCUGGGAAUCACAGCUAUUAAAGACCUGGUGGAUGAUCUGGCCCGACACAGAAUGGACAAAGAGAUCAAUAAUAGGAGGUGUGAUGUUUUGCUAAACGGCAGCUUUCAAGAGACCAAGUGGAUGGACAUUCAGGUGGGAGAUGUGGUCCGUAUGAAGAAAAACGACUUUAUUCCGGCUGACAUCCUGUUGCUGUCUAGUUCCAACCCCAACAGCCUGUGUUACGUAGAAACUGCAGAACUGGAUGGUGAGACCAACCUGAAGUUUAAGAUGGGACUGAGGGUGACUGACGAGAGGCUGCAGCAGGAGGAUCAGCUGGCUCAGUUUGACGCUCUGAUCGACUGUGAGGAGCCCAACAACCGUCUGGACAAGUUCACCGGGACGAUGCUGUGGCAAAGGGAACGUUACCCACUGGAUCUGGACAACAUGAUGCUGCGAGGCUGCAAGAUCAGGAACACCGACGUGUCUCACGGCCUGGUCAUAUUCGCAGGUGGGAAUACUAAAAUCAUGAGGAACGGAGGGAAGACCAGGUUCAAGCGAACCAAAAUUGACGAGCUAAUGAACUACAUGGUCUACACAAUCUUUGCUCUGCUCAUCCUGGUGGCGGCUGGUCUGGCCAUCGGUCACAGCUUCUGGUAUGAGGAGAUUGGUUCCAAGGCGUGGUAUUUGUACGACGGCAAAAAUCAGAGUUCCUCUUACAGAGGGUUCCUCAGUUUCUGGGGUUACAUCAUUGUCCUAAACACCAUGGUGCCCAUUUCACUCUAUGUCAGUGUGGAGGUGAUCCGUUUGGGCCAGAGCAAGUUCAUCAACUGGGACCUGCAGAUGUAUUUUGCAGAGAAAGACACCCCAGCGAAGGCUCGAACCACCACACUGAACGAGCAGCUCGGCCAGAUCGAGUACAUCUUCUCUGACAAGACGGGAACUUUGACACAGAACGUCAUGCAGUUUAAGAAGUGCACCAUUGCCGAGCGCAGUUAUGGUAACCCCACCACUGCUGAAGGAGUGACACUGGAUCGAGGACGGCCUGUGGACUGGACCUGGAAUCAUCUAGCUGACAAAAAAUUCCAGUUCAUGGAUCAUUCACUGGUGGCAGUUGUCCGAUCCCUGAAGGACAAGGAAGCGCUGGAGUUCUUCAAACUGCUCUCCCUCUGUCACACCGUCAUGGUGGAGCACAAAGACGGCGAUUUGAUUUACCAGGCAGCGUCUCCAGACGAGGGCGCUCUGGUGACAGCCGCCAGGAACUUCGGCUACGUGUUCUUGUCUCGUACCCAGGACACCAUCACCAUCAGGGAGAUGGAUCAGGAGAACACGUACCAUAUGUUGGCGCUGCUCGACUUCAACUCUGACCGCAAACGCAUGUCCAUCAUCUUGAAGUUUCCUGAUGGAAGAAUCCGUCUCUACUGUAAAGGAGCCGACACUGUUAUCUAUGAACGACUCUCCCCAAACUCUAAAUACAAAGAGACCACCCAAACUGCACUGGAUGAAUUUGCCAAUGAGACCCUGCGGACGCUGUGCUUGUGUUAUAAAGACAUCAGUCAGGCUGAGUUUGACGCCUGGUCCAGGAAGCACAAAGAAGCCCAAGUGACCAUGGUCGACCGGGAUGCUGCUCUUGAUCAUGUCUAUGAGGAAAUUGAGAAGGAUCUCAUGUUAAUUGGGGCGACGGCCAUUGAGGACAAACUGCAGGAAGGGGUCCCAGAAACCAUUGCAACGCUGGCAAAGGCAGGCAUUAAGAUCUGGGUCCUGACUGGAGAUAAGAAAGAAACGGCUGAAAACAUUGGAUACGCUUGUUCACUCCUGACCGACGACAUGCAGAUUCACUAUGGAGAAGACGUCAAUGAGAAGCUCGUGGUUCGUCAGGCCAACAGAAGAAGCGAGGCAUUCACCUCCCAUCCAAGCAAAAAGAAACCAGCGGAGCCUUUCUUCACAGACGGAGGCAAAAACGCUCUCAUCAUCACUGGAGGAUGGCUGAAUGAGAUUCUGUACGAGAAGAAGAAGAAGCGUCGCCGUCUGCGUCUCCGUCGUCUCGGGAAGCGACCACCUAUUACCAACCCUCAGGACCCACAGCCUUGCAACGACUGGGAAAAGGAGAUGAGACAGAUCGACUUCGUGGACAUGGCAUGCGAGUGUGAAGCGGUCAUCUGCUGUCGCGUCACGCCAAAGCAGAAGGCCAAUGUGGUCAGUUUGGUAAAGAAGUACAAAAAGGCAGUGACUUUGUCCAUUGGAGACGGAGCCAACGAUGUGAACAUGAUCAAAACUGCAGACAUCGGCGUCGGAAUCAGUGGUCAGGAAGGAAUGCAGGCCGUCAUGUCCAGCGACUAUGCCUUUGCUCAGUUCCGUUACCUGCAGCGCCUCCUGCUGGUGCAUGGACGCUGGUCUUACAUCCGAAUGUGCAAGUUCCUCCGUUUCUUCUUCUUCAAGAACUUCUCCUUUACUCUGAUCCACUUCUGGUACUCCUUCUUCAGCGGUUACUCAUCACAGAUCGGCUAUGAAGAUUGGUUCAUCACACUCUACAAUCUGUGCUACAGCAGUUUGCCUGUUCUGCUUGUUGGACUUCUUGAUCAGGAUGUUAAUGACAAACUCAGCCUCAAGUUCCCAAGGCUCUACCUGCCUGGUCAAGAGAGGAGGAUGUUCAACUACAAGAACUUCUUCGUCAGCUUGUUCCACGGCAUCUUCGUCUCUCUCAUCAUCUUCUUCAUCCCGUACGGGGCCUUCCUGCAGACCAUGGGACAGGAUGGAGAAGCGCCGUCCGACUACCAGUCCUUCGCUGUCGUCACCGCCUCCUCGCUCAUUUUCACUGUCAACUUGCAGAUUUCUCUGGACACCGCCUACUGGACCUUUGUCAAUUGCUUUGCAGUCUUGGGCAGCAUCGCCAUCUACUUUGGAAUCGUGUUUGACCUCCACAGUGCUGGGAUUCACUUUCUCUUCCCCUCCAUGUUCACCUUUACCGGCGUGGCCUCGAAUGCUCUACGUCAGCCUUACCUUUGGUUAACCAUCAUCCUGACUGUGGGAAUCAGCCUCCUGCCCGUUAUCUGCAUCCAGUUCCUGUAUAAAACCAUCUGGCCCUCUGAUGGAGACAAGGUCCAGAGAAACAGGAAGAAGUACGAGAAGGAGUUGGAGGAGGAGGAGAGGAGAACAAAAACUUCAGCGUUCCAACGUGGCCGGCGAUCCCGGCGCUCCGCCUAUGCCUUCUCUCACUCUCGAGGCUACGCUGACCUCCUCGCCUCUGGGCGCAGCAUACGUCGGCGCCCGCCGACCCGAGGUGGAGCCCAGGAUAGCAUCAGAGAGGUUUCACAAAGAGAAGCUGAAAACAUCUGAGAUGCAGGGAAGAAGGAGGGAAAACAGAAGCAUAACUUUGCUGCUGAAAUGAUAAACAUCACACGACCUCGUUUGGAGACUGAAAAUUCUAUGAGGUGAUGAGACAAAGAUUUUUGACCAAGAGUCUGUCCACCCUGAUUUGCACAAAAAGAAAGGAAAGCGUCCUCUGAAUGGGUUUUGCUCCGAUCCAAGACUUGACUCCACUUCCUCACCCUCCGUUGUUUAUGCACAAACAAUUUGCUGAAAUGCAACAAAAAAAAAAUCUUUAAAAACCCCCCAAAAACUCACCGAAGAGAUGGCCGCUGUUAAUGUGGUGUGACGUCAUGCGGUUCAACUGUGUGACUGACAAUGUUGUUUAACUCAGGUUUGGUUUUUUUUUAAGGAUGAAAGCUUUGUAUUUUUAUAGUCAUGUUGUCCAAAUGCAGAGAUGCAGUAUGACAAUGACAGUUUUAGCCUGAUGUCACAGCACUUGAUAUGAUGAUGUUCCCUUAAAUUUUGUCCAUUACAUCUUUUCAAUUUUGGUUUUACUGUUAAAGCCGUUCCUUCACGUUAACAACAAACGGGCUAAAACGAAUCAUGGUCAUUUGUGGUCUUUCUUUUAUUAUGUUUCAUUUUAAUGGUGGGAUCUUACUGUGCCAGGUUAUACAGAUGUUAAAAUGUGUGUCUUAAUUUAAAUAAUAAAUUGUGAAUAGUCUUUUUUUUUUUUCCUCUGUCAAGUAAGUGUCCUUAACGAGAUGAACUCUUAAGUUUUAAAAUCGGUGCAUUCUCCACUCUUCCUAAGGUGCAGUAUGUGAACAGUAGGGCUUUGAUGUGGUUCUUUUCACGACAGCGUUCAUGUCGUUUUAAUUCAAAGUUUUCUUUUUUCUAAACUUGAAAACCACCACAGUGCAUUCUUGGAUUAUUCUUACGAUGACAUCCGUUUUACAUCUUUUAAACACACGUUCCUGAUAGGUCAGUUCCUGAUAGGUCAGUUCCUGAUAGGUCACCGGUGUUACAUUGAACUCCCAACUGAUUUCCAAUUAAACAGAACUGCCAAAGUGAUGUAUUUCUGAUCUGUUUCUAUUCUCAUGUUACUCUGUGCAGAUGAUGUCAUUUUAUUACUGAAUGAAUGGAGGCAGUAGGUGAUGGCGACUGCUGUUGCUGUACCAGCAGCUGGUUCACGUCUUUAUUAUGCAAUGGUGUUUUUAAAAUGUGGUUAAUAAAAGACGAGGGCACAUUUA